AUGCUGCCCCCAUUCACGGCCCGGACCCCGCCCCCAAGCGUCAUCCAUCCCGCGGCCAAUCGCGUCGCCAACUGUCCAGGGGCGGCCGCCAGCGUCCAAUCCGAGCCGGGCAGCGCGGCCGCCAUGCUCCUGAGGGGCGGAAGCGGCGGGGCGGCGGCUGUGUGGCGGCCGUCCCGCGCAUUCCGCGGCGCGGCGUCACCGUGUCCCUGUGGGGAUGCUCUCAAGGUUGACCAGUCUCCCUCACAGAACAUCCCAAAGCCACGGGUGAUUCCAAUCCCAAAGGGGACCGUGCAGCGCAUCUUUGGGACCAACCAGGUGUUCCAGAGCGUCUGUGAUGUAAAACCAAAGGCCAAAGGGUUAACAGUGCCCCUCAAAGUCAGGGAGUACUACCACCAAGGCCAGCUGUGCUUAGAGGAAGAGGACUGGGAGAUGGCUGUGCUACUCUUCUCCCGCGCCCUCCACCUGGACCCCCAGCUGGUAGAAUUCUAUGCCCUGCGGGCAGAGGCCUACAUCCAGCUCUGCGACUUCUCCUCGGCUGCCCAGAACCUGCGAAAGGCCCACUCAGUCCAGCCAGAGAACACUAAGUACCUGGAGCGGCUCACCUUUGUGCUUUACCUGCAGGGCCAAUGUCUGUUUGACCAGUGCGCCUUCCUCGACGCCCUGAUUGUCUUCUCGCAAGCUUCCGAGCUCCAGCCUGAGAAACCCUGUUUCCGUUACCGAUGCAUGGCCUGUCUCCUGGCCCUCAGACGGCAUCAGGACUGCCUCUCCCUCAUCACCAAAGAGGUGAGGCAGGGCACCACCAACGCUGACAUCUACAUCCUCCGGGCCAGACUCUACAACUUCCUCCAGAAGCCCACCCUCUGCUACCAGGACCUGCACAGAGCCUUGCUGCUGGAUCCCAAGCACCCGCAGGCCAGGGCGCUGCUCAAGAGGAUGGUGGAGCAGGCCCAGCAGGCGCGCCAGGACGCCGGGAUCCUGGCCGUGCAGGGGAAACUGCAGCACGCGCUGCAGCGCAUCAACUGCGCCAUCGAGAACAACCCUCUGGACCCCAGCCUCUUCCUCUUCCGGGGCACCAUGUACCGACGGCUCCAGGAGUUUGACGGGGCGGUGGAGGACUUCCUGAAGGCGCUGGACAUGCUCAGCGACAGCCAGGAGGACAUGGUGCGGCAGGCGCAGCGCCAGCUGCUGCUGGCCUACAACGACUUCGCGGUGCACUGCUACACUCGCGGCGCCUACCAGGAGGGCGUGCUGCUGCUGAACAAGGCGCUCAGGGACGAGCAGCAGGAGAAGGGGCUCUACAUCAACCGAGGCGACUGCUUCUUCCAGCUGGGCCACCUAGCCUUUGCCGAGGCGGACUAUAAGCAGGCGCUGGCGCUGAGCCCGCAGGACGAGGGCGCCAACAUGCGCAUGGGCCUGCUGCACGAGAAGAUGGGCUUCUGCGAGCAGAAGCGCAGGCAGUUCCAGAAGGCGGAGGACCACUUCUCGGUGGCCAUCCAGCACAACCCCCAGAAGGCCCAGUACUACCUGUACCGGGCCAAGAGCCGGCAGCUCCUGCAGAACAUUUUUGGGGCCUGCGAGGAUGUUGCCACUGUCCUCCUUCUCAACCCCCAGCAACCGAAGGUGGGUGCCUGCGGGGCCAAGAGAGUGGGCUCCAGGCUCUAUACCCCUGGCCACCUGAAGAUACUCCCCAUCCCCAAAAGAAAUCUGGCUUGA